AUGACGCGAUUACAAUCAGCAAGAGCUAUAGCUCGACCUCUCUCCAUCACAGCUCCUCGAACGAUCCCACUGCAAGCCCCUAGAAUAACAGAAAACAGAUUCGAGCAUCAGAUACGAAACGGCUCAUCCAAGGCGGCUAAGGAUGUAGUACCUAAUGCGCACCCUGCUUCUCUCGCCGAUGUUAAGCCAAACAACCUAGUCGACUAUGCCCUUCUCGAAAUGAUGCAUGUUUCGAUGCCACGCUACGACCAAGACCGUCUCGGCAUCUUCUUCCGCGCGUCUCCCAGGCAAGCAGAUGUGAUGAUCGUCGCAGGGACUGUCACAAAUAAAAUGGCCCCUGCAUUACGGCAAGUAUACGAUCAGAUGCCUGAGCCACGUUGGGUCAUCAGCAUGGGAUCUUGUGCAAAUGGUGGAGGGUACUAUUACUACAGCUACAGCGUUGUUAGGGGAGUCGAUCGUAUUGUUCCAGUCGAUAUUUAUGUUCCUGGCUGUCCACCUACUUCUGAGGCUUUGAUGUAUGGCGUAUUUCAGCUGCACAGGAAGAUCAGGAGUCAAAGGGCUUCGAGAAUGUGGUAUCGAAAGAAGUAG